AUACUACGAUAAGGUGCGGACUUUAUAAGUCUGGUAAGUCGCGGCACCCUGAUUCGGGUACACGCCGAAAGAGCCCUUCAAGAUGAAGUUCGCGCCAGUGCUGGCUGUUUUGGUGCCCCUUUUGCUACUGACUUUCCAGACCACUGAUGCACGGAGAUUGAGGAUCCCAUUGACGCGUUUCUUCUCAGCGCGUCGUCAACUCAUUGAGAAUGGAACACCAAGGGAGCCCUUCCUCAAGAGACCUGUCAAUGGUUCUGUUGCGGGACCCGCUCCAGUGCCGCUCACUAAUUAUCUCGAUGUGGAAUACUACGGCCUGAUUGGAAUCGGCACACCACCUCAAGUGUUCAAGGUUGUGUUUGACACCGGCUCUUCCAACCUCUGGGUGCCUUCUUCCAAAUGCCCAGCAACGGUAUCUGCCUGUGCGAUCCACCGAAAAUACGACAGCAGCAAGUCAUCCACGUACCGUGCAGAUGGCAGAUCCUUCAAGGUGGUAUAUGGCUCUGGCGACGUCGAGGGGUUCCUCAGUAACGAUGUCACACGCGUGGGUGGAGCAUACGUCACAGAUCAGAUCCUGGGAGAAGUGACAAACGAACAAGGAGUUGCAAUGGUGGCCGCCAAGUUCGAUGGCAUUCUGGGCCUCGCCUACCCCUCCAUCUCCGUCGACAACGUCAAACCCGUGUUCGACAACAUGGUUUCGCAGGGUGUCGUGGCUGAAGCUGUCUUCUCGGUAUACCUCAAUCGCGACCCAUCUGCGGAGGUAGGAGGCGAAAUUCUCUUCGGUGGCAUCGACGAAAAAUAUUAUAAGGGCAACGUGACCUACGUCCCUGUGACACGUAAGGCCUACUGGCAGUUCCACGUCGAUAGUUUGUCCAUCGUCGGUGGGCGUUCUAAUGGUGCCUACUGCAAGAAAGGAUGUGAAGCCAUUGCCGACACCGGUACUUCCCUCAUAACUGGCCCAGCAAACGAAGUGGAGCAACUCAACAAAGAACUAGGAGCCAUUCCUGCACAGGGUGGCGAGUUCCUUUUCGACUGCGAGGCCCUGGAUUCCCUACCAGAUAUCGAAUACAAAAUUGGUGGACGUGGCUUCAGAUUGACUGCCAAGGACUAUGUCAUCAAGGUAGACACUCAGGGACAAACAGUGUGCCUCAGCGGCUUUUCUGGAUUGGACCUGCCUGGAGGCCUCUGGAUCCUCGGAGAUGUAUUCAUCGGUCGGUUUUACACAAUCUUUGACCGUGAGAGCGAUCGGGUCGGAUUCGCCGAAAGUGCGUAAGCCGGAAGGAGAUAUACGGAGCGGUACUUAACAACUGUUCAAAAAAAAUUUAUAGUCUGGAAUAAAUAGUUUUACGUA